AUGUUUGCUCUGUUGAUGCUGGGGAUGGUGUUUCUGUCCUCCCUGUAUUGGGGUGACCUUCAUGAACAUGAAGAUCUUGGAACCAUGUGCUAUAAAUGUAACAAAUAUCAUCUUGGGUUAUGCUAUGAAGUCAUGAGUUCCUGCACACUGAAGCAUAGACAGUCUUGUGCUGCUGAGAACAUUUACGUACUCACAACGAAAGGGCAGAGCAUGUAUCAUUACUCAAGACUGUCGUGUAUGACCAACUGUGAGGACAUCAACUUCCUGAGUUUUGAAAAGAGGACAGAGCUCAUCUGUUGCAAACAUAGUAACUAUUGCAACCUCCCCAUGGGACCCUAGUUCUGAGUUUCCUAUGGAUUUGUGGUCAUUCUUCAACUUACUACCCACUCCCUUUCCCCCAAAGUCUGUAUUUGCUUUCCUCUCCUAACUAAUGGUAAGUGAGAAAGUCACCUGGCACUGAAAAGGGAAGUAGUCAUAGGAGAAAUUGGGCUGGAAGCUCAGCGUCAUUGCCAAGCAAAUCUUUGCAAAUUCUUGUUCUCCCAUCUGGCAGGGCACUUCGGCUCACUGACAAUGCUCCUUGUGAGUAGGCUCAGAAUUGGUGACCUCUUAUAUGAAAACAUAAAGUCUUGGGUCAAAAUCAUAUCCCCACUUUGUACAGGAAAACCUGUGAGUAUGCUGUCCUGGUCUGCACCAAGUCCUCUGAGUUGGGAUUCUCUUUGGACUAUCUCUGAGCCUUCCUGGCUCAGUACUUUUGAUCCAUGGAUUCUGGGGAUAGGGAAGGUGUGGGCCCUGCUUCCCAAUUUUCUGA